CAUGAAAAAAAUCACUUUAAGGAGUACUCUACCUUUUCCAUACUAUGUGCUUCAUAAUACCUAGAAAACCCUUUAGUUUUCCAAGCCAGUCUCAAUCGUACUUACAUUUAUCAGCAAGGACCUGAAGUAAGGAGUAGCGCGUGCGCGAUCCGCCCCUAGACUGGAACACGUGAGAGGUUGCAGGAACCUCUAACCUGCCCAGUGUUCUCCGGUUGUUUAGGACCGGCUUUUGGGCUCCAGCCGGUGCCGCCAUGGGGAAGGUGAAUGUGGCCAAGCUGCGUUACCUGAGCCGCGAUGACUUCAGGGUCCUCACUGCGGUUGAAAUGGGCAUGAAGAACCAUGAAAUAGUUCCCUGCAGUUUGAUUGCUUCUAUAGCCAGCCUUAAACAUGGUGGCUGUAAUAAAAUCUUAAGAGAAUUAGUGAAACAUAAACUCAUAGCUUGGGAGCGUACCAAAACUGUCCAGGGCUAUCGGUUAACAAAUGCAGGCUAUGACUACCUAGCUUUGAAAACACUUUCUUCCAGACAGGUAGUUGAGUCUGUUGGAAACCAGAUGGGUGUCGGCAAAGAAUCUGAUAUUUAUAUUGUUGCAAAUGGAGAAGGGCAACAGUUUGCAUUAAAGCUUCACAGAUUGGGAAGAACCUCCUUUCGAAAUCUGAAGAACAAGCGUGAUUACCAUAAACACAGGCAUAACAUGUCUUGGCUUUAUUUAUCUCGUCUCUCUGCCAUGAAAGAAUUUGCCUAUAUGAAGGCAUUGUACGAGAGGAAAUUUCCAGUUCCAAAGCCAAUCGAUUAUAAUCGCCAUGCAGUUGUCAUGGAACUCAUAAAUGGCUAUCCUCUGUGUCAGAUACACCAUGUUGAAGAUCCUGCAUCAGUGUAUGAUGAAGCCAUGGAACUGAUUGUCAAACUUGCGAAUCAUGGACUCAUUCAUGGAGAUUUCAAUGAAUUCAAUCUCAUUUUGGAUAAAGAUGACCACAUCACCAUGAUUGAUUUUCCACAAAUGGUUUCAACUUCUCAUCCCAAUGCUGAGUGGUAUUUUGACAGAGAUGUUAAAUGCAUUAGAGAUUUCUUUAUGAAACGUUUCAGCUAUGAAAGUGAGCUUUACCCAACAUUUAGUGAUAUCAGACGGGAGGACUCUCUUGAUGUAGAGGUUUCUGCCAGUGGCUACACAAAGGAAAUGCAGGCAGAGGACGAACUGCUUCAUCCAGCAGGUCCAGAUGAUACUGACACAGAGGAGGGGUCGGACUUCUUCUCUGAUGAAGAGGUGUCAGAAAAAGCAGAAGUCUGUAGCUCGGAAAAUCCACGUGAACAAAACUCUGUAGACGAGUUGGUCGGGUGCCGUCACAGAUCACCUGGCGACCCUGAACAAGUGAAGGAAGGCGAUUCGUCGGGGCAGAGUGCUGCUGCGCACUGUUUGGACAUGACUAAAUUCAGUCGGGCUUUAGAAGAAAUAAGAGGUCAGGUCGUUGAAAACCAUUCUGUACCUGAGUUUUCUGGGGAGGAGAACAAAACUGGAAAUGACACCAGGCACGAUGGUGAAGCGGGUCGAGGAGAAAACGCCGCAGGCUCUGACGAGUGUGAAGAUGAAUGCCCUCGUCUCUUUCCUUUGUCGUCAUUAAACAAAGAAUUCAGGCCUUUCAGAGAUGAAGAAAACAUGGAAGAUAUUAACCGAUACAGAACAAGAACUCUCAGUGUUACUUCUGCGGGCAGUAUUUUGAGCUGUUCAACAAUUCCUCCGGAAUUGGUGAAACAGAAGGUGAAACGUCAGUUGACAAAACAGCAAAAAUCAGCUGUCAGACGUCGAUUGCAGAAAGGAGAAGCAAAUAUAUUUACCAAGCAACGGAGAGAAAACAUGCAAAAUAUCAAGUCAAGCUUGGAAGCAGCUAGCUUUUGGGGAGAGUAAUGUAUUUAGAGACAUUUACAAAAUGGAAUACUAUCUGGCCAUAAAAAAGAAAAUUGGACCCUUUACAACACUAUAAUGGACCUGGAGAAUACUAUGCUAAGGGAAAAUAAGCCGGUCAGAGAAAGACAAAUACUGUAUGUUCUCACUCAUGUGGACUCUACUGAACUAACAAAGUAGAGACCGACUCAGAGUAGGCUGUCUGUCGGCUCUGGGGAUGGGGGUCGAGGGGUGGAGGGAUCAAGGACAAAGGGCUCCUGGGCAACAAUGUGGUGAUUUUGGGGGGUGGGAGGGAGAUGAUAAGAUAGUUAAAUGCUAAUGGAAAAAUUACAAUAAAAUAAAGAUGCAGAAUAUUUUUCAGAAAGUUACUAUGAUUUCAAGCUACCUUUAGUCUUUUGGACUAAGGCAGAAAGGUAACAAACAGAUAAACUUUAUUUCAUCUGUAAAUUUGACUCAUUCAAUACGUUUUCUAGAGGAUAAUUGUAGUAACUUUACUAAAGCAUAAAGCAGUCCAGUUUUCCAAAUAGUUGUGACCACUGGUACAUCAGCUAAAAUCUAUUUUACAGAGCAAUUUUUAUUACAAACAUUUGGGUAUUUUAAAAAGUGUAAAUGUCAUUGUUUGGGUUUGUUGUUAUCUACCAAAAAUAGGUAGAUGGCUUGGCUUCAAAUCCCAGCUUUCUACUUACUAGUGGAAAUUACCUUGGGCAAAUCAUAUUUUUCUCUUUUUUUACCCUUCACCACAUCACUUUUUCUUACUAUUAAAAUUGGAUUUACAACUACUAUAGGGUUGCUUUGAGAACCACACGAGGCAAUAUACAGAGAGCACGUUAUAUACUUCCAGUAAAGUGUAGAUGGGUGAAUGAUAAUUUUAAUGAUGUUUAUUUUUCCGAAAUUCUGCUUAACAACUUGAUUGCAAUUUAUUUAGCCACUGAGAAAAUACACUGCUGUCUUUCUGUAGUAAGGGUUUUAGACAAUAAUGCAUAAUGUUUUCUGCUGUUUAAAUUGGUAAUGUAGUCAUAGGCACAGAAACUUGACGUAGUCCCAGCAUGGUCUUCACAGUUGCCAGUUUGUAUGCAGGCCUGGGUAGUAGGAGAGUUGGGGCUGGGAGAGUGGGGAGUAAAGGGGAGGGAGGAGUGAAAAAAAGUUCUAAUAUUCUUAGAGUGGGUCCAAAAUAUGUCUCACUUCAACAUUAACUGAUAGUGUAGGAAAGAAAGAAAAUAAGACAUGGUUUCUCACUUGAGGACUAAUCUAUUGAUAAGUGAAGAUGGGUGCUAAAGGUAGAACCUGGUUGUAUUCAAGCCCCUUCAGCAUUGCCCAGGAGGGUGGAGCAUCACCUGCAGCAGAAAUGACCACUAGAUGGCAAUGUCACUGCACAGGGACUCGACAGGAUGUCCUUAAAUUACUUCUGUAUGAUCUACCAGAAGCAGUAACAGCAAUUUUUUCCCUAAGAUUGAUACAGACAGCAGAUGCCUCUCACCUUUGCAAAAUUAAUUUUACUGUUUGCAGGCCUGUCAUUAAUCUACUUUAAUAUAAAUGCAAGAAAAAUUUCCUUGAAAAUUAAAAGUACAUAGCUUUGAAUGAAAUUUGUAUUUUUUUAUAAUCUUUCUAAAGCAUUUAAACAAC